CCAACUUUCGCCUCCUCGCCCGUCUUCUCCGGCUUCCCCACGACCCCCACCCCAUGGCGGGCUCGUCGCCUCCCCCGGCUUACUCGGACCUCAAGCGGGGCUUGGAGAAGAGCGGCAGCGGCGCCGAGCUCCAGCUGAACGGCGCCGAGGAGAUCCCGGGCCCCGAGGAGGAAGAGGAGCAGCGCCCCCCGCCCAAAAACUAUUUGUGGCUGAGCAUUCUGUCCUGCUUCUGCCCCGCGUACCCCGUCAACAUCGCCGCCUUCGUUUUUUCGGUCAUGGCGCUAAAUAGCUACAAUCAAGGAGACAUCGAAGGGUCGAGGCGGCUGGGCCACACGGCUUUGCUGGUUGCCAUCGCGUCCAUCCUCAUUGGCCUCCUGAUGAUUGCAAUCCUCUGUAUUGUCCACUAUACUACGCACACCAUCUGAAUUCAGAGACGCGGGAUGUGAACGCUUCCCAUUCUUCAAACCCGUGACACGGGGGUUCUGUCCCACGGAGAAAUGAAAACCCACGGAUGCUCAACAAACCAGAUCCGGCUUGUUCGUUAUUUUUUUAAUCCUACAAAACCUGGAUCGAGGCGUCCGGUUGAAAAUCUCCAUGGGAUGUUUGCUGGUUGUGGUGGGGCUGUGCGUCCAGAUUUUCACAUCCCUCCCCCUCAAGAACCGAAAACAGGAAAAAUAAUAAUAAUAAUAAUAAUAAUUACCAGUCUUUCUUAAAGAAUGCGUUUAGGGAGCUCUCUUUUUGCAACCCGCGACUCCUUUUUCACGCACCGCCAGAAGUGUAACGUGUAGCUUGCCUGCCUUGCUUUCGUGCCCAACUCAUCCGUUGGCUGUCUUCCAAGCUGGAGAUCGUUGCUGGCUUCUGAACUCUCCCAACCGGGGAGAGAUCACGUAAGGCCUGAUUCACAAAGGAGGUUGAGAGGAAAUGGGAGUUUCC